UCGUGACAUAGCAUCAAGUGAAGAAGCUUUCUCAACUGCACAAAACGGGGACCUCACUGCAGUCUAAGCAAACCUAGGUAAGUACAAUGAUACACAUAGAUAGACUCUCCCGUAUAUUUGUAACUUAAUAUCAUCAUCAUCAAAUAAAUUGGGUGUGUCGUAACAUUAAGGUUAAUAUAAUGAACGAUUGUAAUUGGCUCCAUGGCGAUAAACGGUCAUAAUAUACGAGUACGUCCAUUAUGGUGAGAGCGGAUGACAGAAAAGUCGAGUCGCUCGCGAAUACUGUCACGUCACAGUAUUGUUUUAUUAUUAUGUACCUACAAAAAUAUUAUUUACUUACUAAGUAGAUAACAAUUCGAUUUACGCAAAAUAAACGUUUGCGGUAAAACAAUAAAACAAUGUGACGUGCAUUUUGUAAGAGUUAGACGCACGAGGAAAAUUUAAGUGACGGACAAUACAGUGAUAGAAAACACCCUCAUAAUCGAAACAGCAUUGGGUGAAAACCAGUGAAUAAAGUUAAAGUGACGAGUGAGUGCUGAAAAUAAAUCUAACGUUCGUUUCUCACGAAAUCCUACCCUGAUUACACACUAUCACAGAGGCAAAAAUGUGUAACUAUCUAUUGAUAAAACCUGCCUUUGCUUAGAAGUAAACUGAAAAAACUCCUCCUAAAGUAGAACCCACUUCCCGGACAUAUAACGGAUAAACGGACGACCGAAUAAUAACAGAUCUAAAAUUAAAAAGAUACCCGUUUGCUACCAUCCGAUGGCUGAGCUGGACGGACGUGCGUAUCUCUACCCAAAUAAAUAAACAAAGGUGACCUAACCAGGAACAUUGGCAUAAGAUCCGAAUUGCGAUCGAAGCAGGAUCAAAAUGAACAGCAGUGCUAGCGCUCCAUCAUCAGAAGACUUACUUAAUCACGAUGGAUAUCAAACAUUCAAAGUGCUUUGGCUGUGUGGGAUCGUCAUCUCCAUUCUUUGCUUCUUGAUCCAAAUCACGUUCUUCAUUUUAAUCAGAAGCAGCAGGAAGAUUGAUGAGAAGAUCCUUUGUCACAUAACUUUCACCAGGAUCGUUGCCACAGUUUUUGAAUUUUGCGUCAUGUAUGUUCAGCGGUUUUUCUUUCCCUGGCGGGAACUAACCUUUGGUAUUUACUUCACCAGCGAUUUCGCGAUCGUCUGCUGGAUGCUUGUGUUUACAAAGCACCUGUACGACAAGAUUGUUAUCGUCUUCAACACUACAAAAAUAAAACUAAUCAUUGUGACCGUUGCUGUGUGGUUAACCUCCGCAAUUUUUGGUGCUGUUGCUGUUUACCUAUUACGCUACAACACCGAUUACUUCAUAAAAUUUUGCACAUUCUUCUACGUUAUCUUAAAGCUUGUAAUACAAAUUGUUAAUUCAUUAAUUUACAUUAGAAUAUUCUACGUUGCUUUCAGGAGACGGAAUAGUAAUUCCAGUGAUUCGGAGAGUGUGGUAAAAGUUGCCUGUGUAGCAUUUCUUUUGAUUGUAACUACGUGUAUUCAAAUUAUAGUUACAGAUAUAAUUGCGAUUAUCAAAGGGACUGAAACCAAUUUUGUGUUGGUGAAAUCCUUUUGCGUGAUUAACUCUGUGCAUGUGGUGCCCUUGACAGUUAUAUUUAUAAUCAUAAUGAAAGCCAAAAUGAGGCAGACCAUCACAAAGACUGUUACAGUAAGGUUGAUGGAAUUGGUGACAUGAUGGAUUUUAGUGUAGAGAUUUACUGAAAUAAUUAGGGGAAAGUAGUACGAGUUGAUCCCCUGGGGUAAG